AUGAUUCCUACCAAGAAUUCACCUUGCUAUCUAAUUUUUUGCUUAUGGCUGACGACUGUUGUACAAGCUUCGAACAAGGAAGGCGAUUUCAUUGUGGGCGGACUUUUCCCCGUUAAUUUCCUGGCAACAACAGGACACGGCCCGUGCGGUGACCUCAACACGAAGGGACUGGGUCGCGCAUUGUCCAUGAUUUUCGCCAUUCAAAAGCUUAACAGCAAUUCAAGCAUACUUGAGAAUGUAACUCUUGGUUACGAUAUAAGAGCUUACUGCGAAAGUGCUACAGAGGCCACACACCUGACUUACGACCUGGUAAAGGAAAGGUGCUGCAGGAACACUGCGAAAGCAAAAAUGGGAAAUAACUCGAUCGUGGGGCUAAUAGGACCGGAAGAAUCUUCCACCGCCCUUGCCAUCGGUGGAUUUCUCGAAAUUUUCAAUGUCUCAGGCAUUAGUGGUUCAACAACGAGCCCGGAGCUGAGUUCGAAUCUGAACAAUUUCUAUCGAACAGUGCCAUCCGAUACCUUUCGAGUAAAAGCCAUGGCCGACAUCAUAGAGCACUUCAAUUGGAGCUAUGUAGCCGCUGUUGGCAUCUACGAUUCCUAUGGGCGAAGUGGCGUGUGGGGCCUAGUCGAAGAGGCCGGGAGACGAAAUAACUCCUUCUGUAUCGCCAUGACAGAACUCAUAACCAGUGAUUUUUCGCGUAUUAAUGGCGUCGUUACAAAGCUAAGGUGGCGUGAAAAUAUCAAAGUGGUCGUGUUGUGGACUUACGGGGCCGUUCAAAGAAUGUUCUUUCGGGAAGUUAACAGACAAAACCUCUCUGGAAGAGUUUGGAUUCUUAGCGAAGUAACUUUCUCAUCAAAUGAGAACUACUUUCCGCACUCGGGUCUUUCUCCUCUUCACGGGUCCAUAGCAUUCCAACCUCACAAUUUCGACGACGGUGGAUUCCUGCAACAUCUGAAAACUUUACUUGCAAAUGAAGCGAAUGAGCCGAACUUUCCGGGAUUGUGGAGCCAGGUAUUGGCGCUGAAAAAGGACUGCGAGGCUCAAAAUAACAAAGACCAAGACAAAUUAUGUCUUCAGGAAGUUGUUGAUGACAUGUACAGCUCCUAUAUUCCAUACAUUAUGGACGCUGUGUAUUCCGUAGGACAGGCUCUCAGUAUGUUAAUACAGAAUAUCAAUAGCCGGAAAAAACUUGCCGAUGUCAAUGUCGACAAUAUGAAAGCGCUUCUUUCCAAAGUUAACUUUGUUGGACUGACAGGAGAAAUAAAUUUCGAUGGAUUUGGCGAUAGGAGAUCUGCGGUGUACGACAUUGUCAAUUUCCAACAAGUGCAAGAAGCUGAAGCCAAGCGAUUAAACCAAGUUAUUGUUGGAAAAUGGGAUUCUAGAGACGGGUUACACUUACACGAAAAAAUUAUUUGGAAUAAUCAAAACGGACGGCCUCCAAAAUCUGAAUGCUCUGAGCAGUGCUCAGCGGGAACAAGAAAAUCUACCACCUCGCCCUGUUGUUGGAGGUGUUUUCCCUGUCCCCGCGGUACGGUCAACACGAUUCCAGGAGCUGAAAGCUGUGUUGAGUGUCCCAGAGAAAAACGUUCCAAUGAGGCGAAAACAGCGUGUGUUGAUUUGCCUUUAGCCAAUUUAAGUUACUCCAGUGCAGGAGGAAUUUCGAUUCUCGCAUUUAGCGUUGUGGGAAUCAUCGUUGCGCUCUUUUCAUUCGCUGUGUUUUGCAAAUUUUGGAACACUCCCAUUGUCAAGGCAUGCAACAGGGAACUUAGCCUCGCUCUCCUAGCAGUCAUUAUCUCAUUGUUAUCCAUAGCGUUGGUUAAUCUCUUUGAACCUACAAGCACAAUUUGUUAG